UAAUCUUUUCUGUUAUUGGACCGGGACAGCCUGUUAAACUUUAGUUUGUGGACAUAUGGCGUGACAAUAACCGUGAAUUACUCUGAAGAUGACAGGCCAUUGCUCUGCCUGUGAGCCCUGCCGACCGCCAUUCUGCUCAGAUUUUCCCUCUUCCUCACCCUGUCCCUCCUCUUCCUCCUCCUCGUCCUCCUCCUAGUCCCUCUGCCCUCCGGAGACGCACUGAUGGACAACGGCACAGAGAGCCUGAACGCCUCCACAUUCCUUUAUUUCGCCUACGGGAGUAACCUGCUGAAGGAGAGACUGCAGAUGAGGAAUCCUUCUGCUGCUGUGCACUGCGUGGCCAGACUCAAGGACUAUAAGCUGGUGUUUGGCAAUCAUAAAGGGCUGGCGAGUCAGCGUUGGCAUGGAGGAGUGGCCACCAUCGAGCCCAGUGCAGGUGAUGCAGUGUGGGGCGUGGUGUGGAGGAUGAACAUGUCGGACCUGGAGUCUCUGGACAGGCAGGAGAAUGUGAAGAUGGGCAUCUACAGCCCCAUGGAGGUGUCCGUCUCCACCAGCGGCCAGCAUCUCCACUGCAGGACCUACAUCAUGAACAGCUGCGUCUAUGCUCCACCUUCACCACAGUAUCUGCAGGUGAUUGUGAUGGGCGCCGAACAGAACGGACUUCCAGAAGAGUAUCAGGAGAAACUCCGGUCCAUCGAAACCAACAAAUACGAGGGCCGUCUGCCGGUGAUGGAGGAGCUGGAGAAAGCGCUGAAAAAAUCCAAAGAAAGGACAGAAGAGAUCGAGUCUGAAGAUUAGAGAUGAUCAGAUCCACCCUCAGCAGUGUUCACCCGCAUCUCUAGUCUAAGCAGUGUACACUAUCACCAUAGUAACAGACAGGUUGGAUGUGUUGUUAACGCAGAUCAGGAGGAAUGUGCAGUAUUUGUGAUGUAUGGAAGCAGAAGAAUUAAAUCGCAUACACUAUUUUCUUCCUGGCA